GAAAACAAUCGACUCAUAAGAGAGUUAUUGUUUGCGAAGAAAUUGAUUAAAUGUUUGGAAAAUAUAAUGCAUUUCGCGGUAAACAUGAAGACCACGUGUGGUUGCGAUCACAUCCGGACACUCAUCCACACCAAUGACCACCACUUCAACGACUAUCAACGGCUCAAACGCGAGGUCAGCGGCCGUUCCCGCGGCGGUAGUGGUGUUAAUACCGAAGAGAUGGCCACCGAUGGCACUGACCAUACUAUGGAUCAAACUUGUGGCACGAGUAGUGGUGACAAACCGGCCGUUGAAUUGUCUCUAAUUGAGUCCAUGAAGACUAAGAUGAGUGCAUUGACAGGUGCGGCAGCUGUGGUCAGCCCUACGGUCACCGAUUGGACCAAAUCAUCGCCAUCUCGUCCAUCAAAGCGGACAAAGAAAUCCAUCGGUUCCAGAAAAGUGAUCAAAACAGAGCCAACGAAGCCGUUUGAAAUGAUUAACAGCGACAGCGAAGAGAUACCGAUAUACCCGGUGAUGAACGGCUACCGGUGCGGCUACAAGGGCUGCACAUACACCGCGACGUAUCGGCGGUUCAUUGAGAUGCACUUCACUGUCCACUCGACGGCCACACCCUUCUGGUGCGGUGUCAACGGUUGCGAAAUGUCUUUCAGGUCGGAACAGGCGCUCACUGGGCAUCAGUCGACCGCUCAUCCGAAUCCAUCCAAUCGACGGUGGAUUGUCUGCCACCGGACGGGCUGUCGAUUCCGGACCAAAUCGCGCGCCAAUUGGGUCGAGCAUAACAUCACACACCGGUCAUCGGAUCCACAGCCAGAGCGCUACACAUGCGACGUGUGUAAUAAGAGCUACACCCGGUUGACAGUGCUGUCAGAGCACAUGAAACUGUCACAUAACAGCUCCGCCACUGCCACCGCUCCCACUUCCACCUCAGCCAUCACUACAACUAUAGAAUCCGUGGCUAUCGGUACGACUGCCGCCGCCGAUAGUGGCGGCGAUCCCUAUCUCUGCGAACACUGUCCGCGAACCUACCGAUCGCUGGCCACGUUGAACACACACGUGCGCCGCGAACACCGGUACCCAUACGUGUGCGACAGCGAGGGCUGUAUAUCGCGGUUCGAGUCCGACCACCUGCUGGACGAGCACAGGGCUCGAGUGCACGGCUCGGGCUAUACGGGCGGCGACAACGACGACGAGACAAACGGAGAACCAGUGGAAGAAAUUAAUGAUAAUAAUAACCCCAUUGAUGACGAACUCGCCGACGAGUCUCACGCGGUAUUGGCUGUCAAAGCGGUCGGAGAUCCGUUAGAGAUACCGAUCUUCACGCUGGCCACCGGUUUCGUGUGCGGUUACCCGGGCUGUGCCUAUUCGGCCCGACAACGGGGCGCCGUCACCGCCCACUUCGCCGUCCACCAGACAGAGCGGCCGUUCCGGUGCCGACUCGCCGGCUGUGCGAUGCGAUUCAAGACCGAAUCGGUUCUGUCCGGCCAUCAGAUUGUCGUACAUCCGGAUUGUUUCCCGAACCGAAAGUGGUUGCACUGUCUGAAGCCGGGCUGCAAAUACCGGACCAAAUUGAACAGCAAUUACAACAAACACGUCAACAGUCACACCACGCGUUACCGGUGCGACCUCUGCGACAAGUCGUACGCCGAGCGCAAGUAUCUCGUGAAACACCGCCGGGCGGCGCACACCUCUACCAUACGCUACGGGUGCGACCUGUGCGACAAGUCCUACGCUCUGCAGUCGGCCCUCAGAGUGCACGUCCGCCGCACCCAUCACAAGGCCUACCCGUGCGAGUACGCCGACUGCGGCCGCGCGUUCGGCGUGAGGGCCGACCUCCAGAAGCACGUCCGGCGAGUGCACGACGAGUUGUACGUACGGCCGAUCGCCUGCACUUGGAUCGGGUGUCCGCUGCGGUUCGAGUCCACACUCCGUAUGACUGAACACCUGCGCCGACACACCGGCGAUAAGCCCCUGGAGUGUCCCGAGUGUGACAAGAGGUUCGCCACGGCUGGCGAUCGCGCGGCACAUGUGGUCAAUCAACAUAAGGACCGGCGCUACGCCUGCGAGUGGCCGGGCUGUCAGUUUAGGGCCGCAUUCAUGAGCCAAAUGCGGUCGCAUAUUAAGCGCCAUCAGAGCAAAGUUGCCGCCGAAUAA